UUAGACAAGAGCCUAGUCUACCUGCUACACGUCGACCAUCACCCGGUGCCUCAAAAGAAGUUGAUUUUUGGCGCGGCACUUCUGCUCAAUACGGCAGUCCUUUCCUUGCUCAUAGCGCGUGUUGUCUAUAUUUUUCCUUUCUAUCAGCCCAUUUUCCUUGGACGCGGAUGGCCCACCGAAUCCGAUUCCUCGUUCAUGUUGGUUAUUUUCUGGAGAGCUAUAUCGCUUCUGAUUGACUCGCUCCUCGUGCAAUACAUCUGGCGAUGGCCUUAUACGUUCUUCCUUGAGCGUGAACAUGGACAAUGGGAUAAUCCAGCCUCAUGGCGUCUGGUUUCGGGGUUCAAAGAGCUUGAGGUUGUUGUUCGAAAAUCUCGGAAUUGGGGAGCCAAGGACCUCGGCGAUGGCUAUGACAAGAGCCCUUUCUUCAAGACGCGUGUACUCCCAUACACAUCUGACCAGUAUUUGAGGGAAAAGACUGGUUAUUUGAUGCAAGGGAAGGACUGGGACCUGGACUAUUCCGCAAUGAUUCAAAGUGCGAGGUCUAAACCGAAGAUCGAUGCG